AAGGUCCUGGUGGGAGGGCAGAGCUAGGCCAGGCUGGCUGGAGCCUGGGCAGAGUGUGGGAAGCACCUGAGUAGAGCCAGAGGAACAGCGCGUGUGGCAGCGAAAGGCCAGCAGAGGAACAUGGUGCUGCUGCGGGGGAUCCUGGUGCUCAGCUUGUCCUGCCUUCUAGGCCCCUGCUCUGUGCUCUCUCCUGUGAGCGCCAUGGAGCCCUUGGCUGGUGAAUCAAUUAGUGGGCCGACCCAGGAGAAGCUGUCUCCCCUUGUCCUCCUCAAGCUGGGCAACCAGGAGUCUGGUGGCCAGACUGCCUUGAAGAAGUCCCCAGAAGACUGCAAAGGGACCUCAACCCCGGAGGAGGCCCACAAGCUUGCCCAGGCCAUGAUGGCUUUCAGUGCUGACCUAUUCUCGGUGGUGUCCCAAACGUCCACCAGCCCCAACCUCAUCCUGUCACCCCUGAGUGUGGCCUUGGCACUGUCUCACCUGGCACUAGGGGCUCAGAACCAAACACUACGGAGCUUGCAAAAGAUCCUGCACGCAGACUUGGGGCCCUGCCUUCCCCAUCUGCUAAGCCACAUCUGCCGAAACCUGGGCCCUGGGACAUUCCGAAUGGCUGCCAGAAUGUACCUGCAGAAAGGAUUUCCCAUCAAAGAAGAAUUCCUGGAACAGUCAGCACAGCUCUUUGGCGCAAAGCCUGUGAACCUGAUGGGAAGGCAGGAAGAUGAUCUGGCAAACAUCAACCAAUGGGUGAAGGAGGCCACGGAGGGGAAGAUUGAGAAUUUCCUUUUGGAGCUGCCAGAAAACACUGUGUUGCUUCUCCUCAAUGCCAUCCACUUUCAGAGUUUCUGGAGGAACAAGUUUGACCCGAGCCUCACUCAGCAAGAAUCCUUCCACUUGGAUGAGCACUUCACGGUCCCAGUGGACAUGAUGCAAGCCCACACGUACCCUCUGCGCUGGUUCCUGCUGGAGCAGCCUGAGAUACAGGUGGCUCACUUCCCCUUUAAGAACAACAUGAGUUUUGUGGUCAUGGUGCCCACUCACUUUAAGUGGAACGUGUCCCAGGUACUGGCCAACCUGAGCUGGGACACCCUGAACCAGCCCUCACUGCGAGAGAGGCCCACCAAGGUGCAGCUGCCUAAGCUGCAUCUGAAACACCAGCUGGACCUGGUAGCCACCCUCAGCCAGCUGGGCCUGCAGGAGCUGUUCCAGGCCCCGGACCUGCGCGGGAUCUCUGACCAGAGACUGGUGGUGUCCAGCGUGCAGCAUCAGUCCACCUUGGAGCUCAGCGAGGCUGGCGUGGAGGCCGCCGCAGCCACCAGCACGGCCAUGUCCCGCAUGUCCAUCUCCUCCUUCAGUGUGAACCGCCCCUUUCUCUUCUUCAUCCUUGAGGGUACCACAGGCCUGCCCCUCUUUGUGGGCAGUGUGAGGAACCCCAACCCUAGCGCACAGCCCCAGCUCCAGGAGCAGCAGGAUUCCCCGGACACCAAGGACUUGAUCUACAACCAGAAAGGCGUCCCCUAUGGGGACAAGUCCUUCAGCCCUGACUUGAAACUUGCGCCCCGCUCCGAGGAGGAUUACCCCCAGUUUAUCAGCCCCAAGUGAGGGCCUGUGGCCGCCUGAAUCCUGAGUCCCCUUCCCGGAUCAUCCUCUCAGCUUGUGACUUUUUCCAAGCAGCGUCACGGGGUUGGGGGCAGGGCCCAUGGCAGUCUGGGAGAGGCGAGGAGGAGAGGGUCUGUUCUCUUCCAGCCUUUCCCGGGACGGCUAGGUGGGGUGGGCAGGCUGGAGGGCAGGCAUCAGGGAUUGUUGGCAGGAUAACCUCUUCAUUUCUUCUCAAGUGGCUCAAAGGGUAUCCUUUGUAGAGUCUGGGUGGUAGGGCAGCUGUCGGUCUAGUUUUGUUAGGAGGUAGUUAGGUCGGUCCUCAAAUCAGCUGGGGCACCUCCGUGUUUACGGGCACAGGAGCCAGAGGCUGCCUUUGGACAUUUCUGAACACCCUGGCUUGGGAGAGGAGAAGAAUGGUGAUAGCUUGGGAGGCAGGCCAUAUCCCAGGGCCAGACACUAUCCUGCAAGCCUCUGCCCCCCAUGGGGCCUUGUGCCCCUUUCUGUCGGUGGAAGGUGGCGUAACCUGCCAGCCUCCAGCCCACUCCUGAUGCCUUGCCACCCCGGUCUCCUCACCAGUCCUUAAGAGAUGCUGACACUGCCAGGAUUCCUUCCUUCCUUUUCCCGUCUCCCUCCCGUGCCCAAAAGCUCAGGGACCUAGAAAGGGAAGGGCCCCGUUAGCUCCCUGAGGCUCUUUUGUAAAGUUUUUAUAGUGAUUUUUAUGCCACCUGAAUAAAGAUUGAAUGGGCCUGGC